CAUCACUCCACCUCUUAGAGACUGUGCCCAGCAUUUCAGCUUGUUGUAGUUUGUUUUUUUAGGCGUUCACGUGAGUGGAUAUUUUUGCACCAGGUCCCCGAGGAUUGGCAACAAUAAACAGAAAAUGCCCCCCGCCUUUGUUCGGAUAUCUUUUUAAAUAUUUACAAGUUGUCAUGUCAUCUCUGACUGGAAGAGGAAGAGAGGGGUUUCCAGCCUCGAUCAGAGGAGGUCUCUGGAGCACAGAAGUGCAGCAUCACUUUGAGACCGCCGGCUUUUCCGCAGGAAAGGACCGCCAGCCCAAGGAGCGCCCCUCUCCUGUGGGUGCCGGAGGGUCCAGGGGCGACCCAUAUCGGAAUAUGUGCCAGAGAGCAGACGAUGUCCCGUCUUACAAGUCCCUCCCUGGAUCUGUAGGAGACCGCAUCCGGACAACCAUGUCCUUUAGGACUAUAUGUAGAGGAGGCUCCAUGUCGGCGAAUCCCGGCUUUGGGAGGUCCGAUCGGAAAGUUGCUCGUUGCGAGAAGUGCUCAGCGACCCUUGUUGCUCUGAAGAAACAAGCCCUUAGCCUGGCUGUUCACCAUCACUUCUCCUGCAAGGACUUGAGUGACCUGUCAGCAUUUCUUCAUGAAAACCUCCGGGUCCAUAGUCGGUCCACCACAGACUUCAGAGAAAGAGAUCAGGGGGAGUGUGGAGCCUGCGGUACAAACCUGUACCAGCUCAAGCAAGAGGCCAUCCAUGUGGCUCUGAGCCGGGGUCAGGCAUUAGCCAAGCCUUCUUUUGAAGCCAGCCUCAGCACUGGCUCACUGUUUGGACAAAUUGAAGCAAAGCGAGGAGACAGGGCUUCGAGGGAGGCUCUGGAUCAAAGCCACACUCCUCAGAGCCCGCGCAGCCCCAGGACGCCUCAAAGGACCCCACAGACCCUCAGACGAAGGGGGCCCAAGCUCCCCAACCCUGAUAUGGGCCGCUGGGUGGAGGAGCAGCAGCAGCUGGUGGCUUCUAAAUCUGCAUCCAGAGCUAAUGGUGUCACCACAAACCCUUACCGUCAGGCUACAGAUGAUGCCUAUCAGAGCUGCAGGGAUGUCGGGGCUGUACAGACCACCUCUAAGAUCCCGCACAUAUCCAGAGUGGUGUCCAUCGCCAACACUGCAGCUAUGUCCUUUCUGACUAGGGCGGCUGAGAAGCUCAGCCUGACACUGAGGAAAAAGGGCCAUGCUUCUGAUCCAGCUCCCUCUCAACUCUCCACCUGCUUCAGGGAAAUCAUCCAGAAAAACCCACCGCCCGUCCCCACCUGCCUGCUGCAAGCUGCCACUAGAACCAAGGACUCGCCCAGCGUUGGCAAGGUUAAAGUCGUGCUGAGGGUGAACCCAUCGCUGUCAGAGAGCCAAGGCCAACCACCUGUUCUCCGGAUCGACCCGUCCAAGAAGAGAGUAACCAUAGUGGAGCCGGUCACCAAAAGCCAUCAGCGUGCUACCAUGACACUGGGCAGGGAUGGCAAAAGUCAUCUGAAGACCUUCACCUUCGACAGUGCAUAUCCUCAGGAGUCAAGCCAGGCCGAGGUGUGUGCGGGCGUCUUGGCUGAUGUCAUCCGCUGUGUGCUCAGCGGCAGCGAUGCCUGUGUCCUGGGCUUGGGUUGUGCUGAUGUGGGGUCCUGGUCCAGUAUGGUGGGCAGUGGUGAGAACAUUGGGAAGCUCGGGUUGAUUCCUUGUGCCAUCUCCUGGCUGUACAGCGCCAUCGAGCGGCGCAGAGAGAGGACGUGGACCGAUCUCAGUGUGUCAGUGUCUGCUAUUGAACUGUGCUGCGGAGAGGAGGACACACUGAGGGAUCUGCUGGGGGAAGUUGUUCCAUCAUUAGGCAGCAUCCACGACAGCCCGAAAGCCCACAUUAAACUCCAGGAGGACCCAGUCUAUGGAGUCCAGCUACACAACCACAACCGGGUGAAGGCCCCCACUGCCGAGCGGGCCGCUUCCCUCCUGGAUGCAGCCAUCGCAGCACGUCGGCACAGUGACUUUAUUACGUACCUGUGUGACAGCUCCAUCAUGUUCUUCACCCUUCACGUCCAGCCUCCACGUACAGAGAGCAGCACCAUUGGAAAAGGUUCCCGCGGUGCCACCAAGUUGACCAUGAUAGAUGUGUGUAGUGGUAUGAGGGGUGUCAACAAAAACAAACCUCCUCAUUCUGAGCUGGGCCCAAUUGUCCUGUCUCUUCUAAGUAGACAGAAAACCACCCCAAACAAGAGUGGAAAGUUGACUUUGCUCCUUCGAGAGUCCCUGGGCCACACAAAUUGCCACACUACAGUAAUUGCUCAAAUCAUGGAUUCUUUGGCACACCUUCAAGAGAACUUCUCCACCAUCCAGCUUGCUUCUCGUUUUCGCAGGACACAGAAGAGGACGAAGCAGUCUACCUCAUGUUCUCCUUGUGCGAGGAGUCUGACUAGAGAAAAAAGAGGGCUGCAGUCGUUCUCCCUGCGGGCGUUCCACUCUACCGAUGAGGUAGACGUCGACAUCCGUCCUUUUCGCCUGCGUGAUGAACUGGAUGAACGCUCCAGUAGUGAACAGUCUUGUGACACAGUCAUCCAGAUAGACUCAGAUGGCUCAGUCCACCCCAGAUCAGCCCCGAGGCAGGCACAGCCCGAGUUUGUACCAAUCAUACCGUCUUUGCACCCUAACAAGGCUGACUUGGACGACCCAGAGUUUGCUGCUCUCCUCCAGGAGCUUCUGAGAAUUCCUCAGCUGCAAGUGGAAAAGACGACAGAGACAGCUCUUCUGGGGCAAACCGAAGUUUUGAAAGGAGAAAGGAAGCAACCAGAGAGGGACUGUCUCAAAUGUGACACGUUUGCUCAACUUCAAGAACGUCUGGGGUGUAUCGAUGGAAGUGAAAUGACCAUGGAUGUGCUCAAAUCUUCCUUAAAAGGUGCCUGUUUAAAUAAUGUCACUGUUAAGUCACAGCAGCAGGAGGAAUCUGUCAAACAAGCAGACACUGAAGCUCCACAGACACUGCUGAAUAAGGGGUUGAGCUGCAGUCAGACCUCUGCUGGAGAAAAGCAAACGGAUGGUGCCGCCCCUGGAGACAGUUUUCAGAGAGAAGAUUCGGGUUUGUAUGACUGUGAGGAGUGUAGUGCGACCAGUUCCAGUGAGGAACUGCUCAAUCAAACUCUCGGUCUAAACGCGACCUGCCGCUCUGAGCCUUCUAACACCAGAACUCUUAAAUCAGGUAAUGGGUUUUCUUCCAAGCGCUUUAAUGUGGAUGCAAAGGUCAAGGCAGGGGCCAGUUCUCUUGCACUUGAACCUUCACACAAACAGGAGAGCGCUGAAACUGUUGAUUGGUUCAAAACAGACACAAGGACCUCACCAGUUGGCAAAAGCUCCCCCAUAUCUCCUUCUUCUACUUGCUCCUCUUCACACUCCCUGGCUAAAAGUGUCAUACUCGGAGGCGUCCUAAACAGUCACCCCAAACAGGAUGUUAAGGAAAUGAAAGCCACAAUCACAGUGACUGUUCAACAGCCACUGGACUUAAAAGGUCAAGAUGAGCUGGUUUUCUCUAUGGUAGAAGAGGUGACCAUCAGUGGAGCGUAUGACAGAGCAAGGACAGGUGGAAAUAUUAUCUGCAUCAGAGACGGAGCCCAUUCACAGGCACACGCUGAAGACUCAGCUAGUUCUCAGCCAAUCCAGAUAAUCAGCAACGUCGGUGAGGAAUCUGCAGCUCCAGGCUCCUCUGGUGCUCCCCAAAGCUCUGUUGUUCAGCCUGCUGGCACUGAAAAGUCCCAGCAUCAAGUCAGAAGGGAGAAAAGGGUGUUGCCUUCAUUUAUUAACCCCAUGUUGAUUAAUACAGACGUGGAUUGUGACUUGGAAUGUGCCAAAGACAACGAAAGUCAUUGUGAAACUUUAGCAGGAGUCAGGUCAGAAUCAGAGUCCAAAAGAAAUAAAGCUAGAUGUUCAGAAGACAGGGAGGUCCUUCAGAAGAAGUGUGCACCUGUAGCUUCUGAGAAACAUGUCAAAAAGACUGACAAGUCUUGUAGCCAAAUGUCUUAUGAGCCAGUCGUCUUAGAACAUUUGAGUUUUUGUAAUAAACCUCCAGACAACAAAAUGUGUGAGCAGACAAACACAGACAAGCCCCACCCCAGAGACUGUGGGCAUGUUUACUCCUCUAACACUGCAAAGGUUUCAGAGGGGACUGAAAUCACAUGCAGAAAUACACCCAAGAGGACUGGUGAGUCGCCUGGUUGCCAAGAAACCAUCCUUUGCUCCUAUUCAACAGGUAGCUUACCUCGAGCAUGGCCAAGUGCCAAACACCAGGAUGCCCUCCUCGUAGACUCAAGGGGGCUGACAUCAUCCACUCCCUGCAGCCCAAGGGUAACUCUCGAGAGGAGGAAGGUGAGGCAACACUCCCCUACUAACCACAACCUCUGUAUUUCCUCUCCUCAAAGAUAUGGAACAGACUUCAAACAGGAUCCUAGUGGUACUUUCAGGAAGGGUAUAGGAUCUGUGAUUGAUAAAUCCACUUCAACAGUAAAACGUGAUAAUACAAGCAGGAGGCUCAGGUCACCGAUUGAGGAAAGUGGCAGGCUUUUCAGUGCCAAACUACAGCAGCUGGCUAGACGGACGAACUCUCUUGGGCGGAUCCCAAGAGACUUUCCAGCCCUAGAAAGAGGCGGUAGCAACACUUCUAUGAGCUCCAGGGGAAGCUCCAGGGGAAGUACUGAAGGAGCUUGUAAGUCUGGCUAUAAAGGCAAUUUUGAGGGAGAUUGUACCUUUCCGAGGGCCAGCAGGAGCCUGAGGAAAAAUCCUCGGUCUGAACAUCAUUUUUUCCCUUCUGAAAACCCUGCGACUCAGUCUUCUAGGCAUAUCCACUCCAAGCUUUCUGCUGUGGGAAAGCUUAAGACGUCUAGCCCCAAAGUCCGUCGAUCGUCAGCUCCUAGCAUCAAGAACCCCGGCGUCUCCCACAAAACCCUGCAGGACUCCAUCAAUCAUAGUGCCAGUCUGUCUCCAGACAGUAAAACAGUCAGCCACGAACGCACAUCCUCCUUUUUUCCCUCUUCCCCUCCACGGUCUUAUCGCUCCAUCAGCCGGACUCCAAGCCAGAGCUCCACAUCCUCAUCCACAAAAUCUGCCAUUCAGGGAUUUGUUAAUGGUCGCCUCUCAGACUUUCUGAAGGAAAGGGCCCCCAGUCAAACUAUAGGAGGAUCGGACCAAAUGACCUCACUGCCUUCCCCGUACAGUCAACUGACAUCUCCCCGCAUGCCUGAUCACCUGAGUGGGCAUGCAAGUGACACCACCAGUGUGUUGAGUGGCGAUCUACCACCAGCUAUGGGGAAGACCUCCCUGCAUUUUUCUAACAGAAACAGUUUGGUGAGCAGUGGCUAUGACAGCAUGGUGAGGGACAGCGAGGCCACAGGCAGCAGCACCUCAGCCAGAGACUCGGUCAGCGACAGGAGCAGCUCCCUCCUCAGUGCGGCUCGCAGCGGCCGCUCGUCUCGGAGACGAGGUAGCACAGGUACUCAGCAGCGCCACCUUUCCCAUGAUUCACCCCUGACCCUGAGACGCUCGGCUAGCGGUCUGCGGUCUCGCUGGAUGGAUCAAGGAAUCCCAGAGGCCUACGAGAUCAAGGUCUAUGAGAUCGACAAUGUACAGAGGAUGCAGGAAAGAGCAGGUGCUGGCAAACAGGGGCCAACAUGCUUCAGUGCCAAGCUGAAGCUUCUGGAGCACCGUCAGCAGAGGAUCUCCGAAAUCCGAGCCAAAUACAACAACCUGAGGAGAGAGCUGGAGCUGGCCAAGCACCGCCUCAUGCUGGAGCCCGCCACGUGGAACCACGAGUUCGACCUAUGGCGGACGUUCGAGGUGGACUCCCUGGAGCAUCUGGAAGCACUUGAGUUGGUGACGGCGCGGCUGGAGCGCAAGGUUAGCCUCUGCAAGGCCAACGUCAUGAUGGUCACCUGCUUUGAUGGUGUCGCCGGGAGACGGCGUAAGAAGAGACGGCGGAAAAUGGCAGAUCAUAGAUUCACAAAGGGAUACUGACCCUGAAAUAUGUUUCUUUUAGACUAUUAUGUAGAACUUGUUGAUUAUCAAUGAAGUUAUCUCUACACUCAAGACACAGAGGUCAGAUCACCUCAUGUAUACACUUGUUAUGUUUUGAAGUAGCACACUGCCUCCGGUCCCCUGGUGGGAAUUUUAGACUUUCAAAAAAAUUCAACUAACCUUUACUUCAUGUGUUCCAGCAUCAGACAGUAGUUGCAGUUAAAUAACCUAUAAAGAUGUGCGUUUAUGCACUUUUUUAGCAUUUGGCAGUAUAUUUAAAGCCAUCACGUUCAAGCAGCAUCUAAUGCUAAAAUAUUUUGGUGCUAACGAGCUCGGUACCACAAAACUGCUGGGUCCAAUGUUGGACAAUGGGGGGGACUACCAUGUGGAAUGAAACAGUGCCUGGCAGAAGCAGUCCAAAGUCUGUGUCUGCCAUGGUUAGUUUCUCAAAGAAAUGACCCCCACGUCUGAUAAUAACGCUACACAACAACUGGCACUCAAACCUGUCAAAAUGUGUUCUGGUUCUCAAAAGGCUCUGCGACGGUAGAAACGAGGGAUUAGAUCCUGGUUCUCUGGGAAGUCUUUAGGCUCAGCAAUAUCAUUUAUGUGAAUACCAUCUACACAUCUGUGCAAGACGGCUCCAGAGGCAACUACAGCUCAAAAUGAAGCACUUUUGUACUCUGCUAAGCAAUUAAUGAGAAACUUUGAUAAGUGGACGAUCCAAAUUGUGCUUUUCUUAAAGCCAUUUUCACACAACACUUUAUUCCAAUUGUCUUUGUCUAUCGCACGCUUUGACAUGCUGACUUGAGUCAAGGAUCCAAUGAUCGUCCGAUUAGUGGACUAGCCUCUCUACCUCCUGAGCCACAGCUGUUCCACUGGAUGCAAACAUUUACAAUACCUCAAACUGUCCUUCUACAACAAACAGAGCAAAACGAGGGAAAUGCAAUUGAACGUGACGAUUAUGUUCUUCAAGUUUCAUGUGCUUUGCUGUUCUUCUUGAUUUGAUUGGUCAAACCAAUCAUGUACUCAGCCAACACGAUGUACUCUGCAUUAUUCAAACAACAAUUUGUACUUUGUAGCUUCGAGCUGUCUUUGAGUAGCAACGUGAUCAGCCAUCGUAGGGCAGAAGGCGGUGCAGCUUUCACAAAAAGGGAAUAUUAUGCCACCAAUAAUGCCAUUGUGUAAAUAGAUUUUGGUGCUAAAACUACAAAAGUAGUGCAUUUCCUUAUUUGUAACUAAUGUAAAUAGGUAAAUGUUUAGCAGGGAUCUCAGUGAACUGUUGAAUGAGCCAUAAGGGAACAACUAGUGUUUGUGAAAGUUACACCAACAGAGAGGUAAUUCUUUCUCUCAGGUCGGUGAUCAAUACACUGACUGUAAAACACAUUAGUAAGUGAUUGGGAGUAGAAUAAAAGAAUGCAGAUUCUACUGACAGUGUAAUGGAGGAGUAAUUACUUUAAAGGAAUAACGUCAUGGUGUCUGAAGAGCCCUGUGGCUCCGAGCCACGACCCAAAGUAAUCGGUGAACAGUGCUGGGACGUCUACCUGGAUCGAUGCGUUUAAAUAUACGGGAAAGAAUCGCACACACGCACACACGCUGGAUGUUUGUCGUUGUGAAUCAUAUUAAUCAGCAUGUUGUUGUCACUGUGAAUAAAUGAGCACAGCACUCCAUUACGUUUCAUGUGUGCAAAGACUGUGCAUCCUUUGAUUUGCAAAAAUUAAAAGUGCUGUGCUGUUC